AUGACGUUCGGUGCAGCAGAGGGCCAGCGAGGGCGAGGGAGACGCUCAGGGAGAUGGACUGGCAGAGCAGCCACAGUGACGGACUCGAACAUGCAGGCCCUCGUGAGGAUAACUCGGGAGCGGCGGCGUCUCGUUCUGUUGGACGGAGGGUCUCCGUAUUUUCUAAAGCCUGUUAGUUUUCAGUUGAAACUAACUUACAGGCUCCUGGUAUACAGGAGUUCAAGGCAACUUGCCUCAAGGUUUCAUGAACAGUUUAUUGUACGAGAAGAUCUGAUGGGUCUAGCUAUUGGUACACAUGGUGCUAAUAUUCAGCAAGCUAAAAAAGUACCUGGGGUCACUGCUAUUUAUCUAGAUGAAGAUACCUGCACGUUUCACAUUUACGGAGAGUAUACAGUGGGGUGUGCUUUGCAAUAUGUAUUUUUAAAACCAAACAUGAAUUAUUCAUUUUUUAACUUGGGCAAAGUAAUAGGAAAAAAUGGAAAACUGAUUCAGGAGAUUGUGGACAAGUCAGGAGUUGUAAGAGUGAGAAUUGAGGCUGAAAAUGAGAAAAUUGUGCCACAAGAAGCAGAAAUUAUUCCACCAAAUUCCCUACCUUCCAACAAUACAAGGGUUGGACCUAGUCCCUCAGAAGAAAAGAAACUUUUAGAUAUAAAGGAAAACAGUGCCCAUUUUUCUCAACCUAACAGUACAAAAGUCCAGAGGGUGUUAGUGGUUUCAUCAAUUGUAGCAGGGGAAUCCCAGAAACCUGAACUCAAGGCUUGGCAGGGUAUGGUACCAUUUGUUUUUGUGGGAACAAAGGACAGCAUCGCUAAUGCCACUGUUCUUUUGGAUUAUCACCUGAACUAUUUAAAG